CUCUAUUGACGGGGCGACGAGACGACAUUUAAGGCAUCUGCAUGCCUCUGGCAUCCGCGCUUCUCACCCGCAAGCAUCUUAUCCCCAUCCUCCCGCACACAGCUCUGAAAUGUCAUGGUUUGAUACCAACAAGUUGGCAGGGAGUAUCGGCUCAUUUGCAUCCAAGGUCCAAUCGAUCGCAGAGACGGCCUUGAAUGACGAUCAUGCGUCGCAGGGACAUGGUGUGCGUGGAGGGGAGGGGUGGGAUGUUGGUGGAGAUUUUGGAGAUUCGAGGGCUGAGGCCCUGGAACGACGGAACCGGGAUUUGGAGGAGGAGCUGUCCCGAAUUCAAACCGACCUUGCUGCCCAGCUUUUACAAAAAGAUCAUCACAUCCAAGGCCUUGAAGCGCGCAUUGCCCAGCUUCGAUCGUCCUCGACCCAUUCUUCACCCCAACCACCCCCAUCACCUGUUCCCGGGCAAUUAUCGGAAGCAGAACAAAUACAGUCGUAUCGGGCAAAAUUGGCAAAGGCAGUGCAGCAUUUGAAGCAUUUGACUGGAGAGAAUGCCGCAUUGAAUCAAAGGGUUGGGGAUACAGAAAAGAAAAAGGGAGAGAUAGAGAAAGAGGUUGCAGCGUUGAAAAGUGAGGUGGAGAAACUAAAGUCGGAAACUGCCUCGAGAGCUCCUGUACACGAAAAUGGAACGGAAGCACAAACGUUGCGCCCAGAGUUGGACGCGGUAAAAGAGUAUACACGGCAAUUAGAAGAAAAGUACCAAGAGAGCAUUGCACGAGAGGAAGCACUGGUUCGACGGAUCGAUGCAUUAGGUUCUGAACAUGCUCAAGCAGACUCAACAGCCAAAGAAGCACAAAAUGAAAUUGCACGGCUAAAUUCAUAUGUUACCGAGCUCUCCUCACAAUUGGAGAAGGUUCGGGAUGAAGAUGCUGCAAAGACCGGUCAACUGGACACACUGACCGAGGAGCUUGCUCGUCUACGAUUGGAUAACAAGCUUGAACAAGAUGCGAAUACUGCCCGGGAGGCCGCUGAGCAAGAAACUCACAAGGUUCGACAGCAGUUAUCAGAAAUCCAAACUGCCCACGAACAAUUGGAAGCCCGCUUUUCCGCCAUCGCCGAAACAAAUACCCAAUUAGAAAAUGAACUCAUUUCCGUCAGCCAAUACAAGGACCAACACCAGUCGCUGUCCGAUUUGGUACAACGACUUACGGAUGAGAAUGGGCGAUUACAAGCAAUGAUGGAGGAGAGUCAGGCACGCCAAGAUGCUCUGGCUCGACAGCUUGAGCAAUCCAAAUCUGACUCAACUGUCGCGAAUGCAUGGGAUUUAGAUGUGCCUGGAAUCGAUACGGAUCUCCAGGCUCGCAUCGAAGGUUUAGAGCACAAUGAACGGGAGCUACUUCAAACCCUUUCGGAGAAGGGAACGGAAUUGCAAGAUACACGUCGGCGCUGCGAGGAGUUGGAAGAAGAGUGUCAGGUGGCGAAGGAAGGUGCUCGGAAGGCGUCUCAAAUAGCCGAGGAGAGCAAAAUGGAAGUGAGAAAGUUGCAGGACCAGUACGAGCGUGUGAUGAACGAGCUUUCGUCCAAAGACGCUGAAAUACAGUCACUCCAGCACCAGCUAACUGCACUGAAUGAUACCUCUCAUCAUACGAACGAACAAGCAACAACCCUUCAAAACCUCCAGACCGCCCUUGCCGAAAGAGACGCAACCCUUCAAGAUCUCCAGACUAAUCUCGCCGAAAGAGACGCAACCCUCAUAAACCUCCAGGCCGCCCUCGACGAAAAAGCCGCAAGCCUCGACAACGCCCACCAAACGAUCACAAUUCUUGGCAACCAAAUCCAGGACCUCCGAUCCGCUGCAGAACGCACUGAAGCCGAAUUCCAGGAAAUAUUAGAAAAAGAAGACCAAGAACACCAAUCUGAUCUGGCUAGAAUUGUUGGACCCUACGUAAAAGGACGACAGGAGGAUGCUAUGCGGAUUGCGGAAUUGGAGGAUCUCUUGGCGAGACACCGCUCGGAUGAGAACCGGGAACGGGAGUUGGAAAACAAGAUAGCGAAACUUUCGCAAUCGUUUAAUGCGUUACAACGGGAGAGGGAUACCUUAUCGGUGGCUUUGGAACAGGCCCAGCGUGGCCUUGAGACUUUGCAGGCAGAAAACAAUUUUGGAACUGCUGAAGAAGGAAUUUUGGCUUUAUGUAGAGCUAUUUUACAUAAUGAGGAGAUUGGUUCUGGUGCACAAGAUGGUGUUCCGGAUAUGGUUAAACAACAGCUUUUGGAGGUUGGAGAACUGGUAAAGGAGCUCAGAAAAGGGGCUAUGGAACAAGGGGAUAGCGUGUCGGAACGGGUCGAACAGGUCCGGGCGGAAUUGAUGGCCGCGAACGAGCAGAUCAAAGCUGAGUACGAAAAGAGAAUAUCUGACCUCGUCAAUGAAUUAGAACAAGCGUCAGGAUCUGGACAGGAUUUGACGGACCUGCGAGCCAAAUAUGACGCUGCUGUGGAGGACGUCAAGAGACUCGGCACCGAGAAAACAAUGUUGAUGGAUAAGUUGACGACCAUGAAGAAUGCCAUUGCGCCUAAACUGCAGGCAGAGCUGGAAACAUCGCAAAAACUGCGGCAGGAAGUCCAACUCCUCUCUCAAGAAAAUGAGGCGCUUCAAAACCAACUUGCCCAGCUAACAGCCACCAAUGACCAACUUCGCUCCAAGGCCUCAUCUUCCAUGACUGAAACUGCCCGUCUCCACGUUGACCUUGAAUCCGCCGGCGAACGUAUCGGCCGCCUGGAACGCGAGCUUGAUCGUCUCCGGUCUCAUUUAAUGGAAACAGAGGAUGCCCAAGUCCAGGAUGCGCUUCACCAGGAAACCGUCAUCAAAGAAUACAUUCGGCAAAUUGAGACGCUCGAACGUGACCGUGAGCAGUGGGAGGAAGCUGCUGCUCAGGAAAGGGAUGCAGCUCGCGCUGCCCUCGAGCGGGUCAACGAGAUGCACGAAACAAUGGAAACCAUUAAACAAGACAUGGAGCGACUCCGACUUGAAAAAGAACGCGAAGCUUUUGCGGCAUCUAACCUCCAACGCGUCCUGGAGGAAUUUCAAAUCUCUAAAGAGCGGGAAAUCGCGGGUGCCGUUGAGGAUGUGUAUGAGCGGCUCAAGAGCGUGCAAGCUGAAUUGGAGGGAUACAAGGACCGAGCUUCCAAAGCUGAGGAACGGUUAGAGAAAAUUGGAAUGGAUGCGCCAAGCUUGCAACGAAUACAGGCUGAAUUGCAGGAAAAGAAUGUUGUGAUUGGUAAACUGCGACAUGACGUCAUCCAACUCCAGGCGCAUCUCUCCGAAGCCAUGCGCCGGAUGCGAGACGCAGCCGCCUCUGAAGAAAACGUGGACAGACGCCUCAUCACCAACCUCCUUGUGUCCUUCCUGUCUGCUCCCAGGGGUGAUACCAAGAGGUUCGAGAUUUUGAGCGUCAUUUCGAGUGUGUUGAAGUUUGAGGAGGAGGAAAAAGUUCGAGUGGGAUUGGUGAGGAGUCGGGGGGCGGGUGAGGUGGAGAGAAGGGAGGCUGUGGGAGAGUCCUUUACGGAUAUGUGGAUCUCCUUCCUUCUGAAAGAAUCCAGUAAGCGCCGCGAAUCGGUGCCUAUAUCACCUGUAGAGCGACAAUUGAGUGGGGAUGUUGGGGGUGAGAGGAGAGAGUCAAUGGGGGGUGGAUAGCCUUUCUUUAUGGAUAUGUUCUCUUUUUUAUUUUUUUUUAUAUGUAGAUUGGGGAAAAUGUGUAGAGAAUCGCUUAAUGCUUUGUGGUUCUUUUAUCCAAGCACAUUUGCAUAGACGGUACUGGCCGAAGCUCAACCCGAUUAAGCCACUUUGAGGCUUACGUUAUGAGGCUUAGCGCGCGCGAUCACUUGCAACAUGCUCACCAUAGUCGAUGUGUUCUCGCAUUAUGCUUCCGUGGUGCUUGAACGAAAAGGCAACAAGUAAUUGCGGCCGAGCAGAUUUCUGUGGGUGAGAGGCAAGACGAAUAAUUGCAUGACAUUCUUCCCUUCAACGCCGUCUAGGACAAAAGUGCUAAACAAACUCGAUAAAUAAAUAGUCGUCAGUACAAUAGCACAUAUACAGCAACUUCUUAUUUCAUAACACCUAAGCGACAUACAACUAAGCGAUAUACAAACUAAGCGAUAUACAACUCAAUGAUAUACAUUAUUCUCCC